AUGAAUUCUCACGAAGGUCCAUGUUCACGACAAAUACAGUGCCUAAAUUGCCGUGGGUCUCACGAAUCUACUGAUACCUCAUUCCCGUCUCGCCCACGCAGAGAUCAUGGUGUAUUCGUUCGCCCAACAGGGGCACAGUUGCGACAUAUACGCGCCGCUGGACGCAGAGAUCUUGCCAAUACUUUGAGACAUGCUCAGGAAUCGGCCGAGAGCGGUGCCGAGACCCUCACUGAACUCAACCCUACCCAUUAA